ACGGGCAAAUAGGAGUGAACUGUGGUGAACAGUCAAGUCAAGGAAAUAGAAAAAAAAAUAGAAAAAAAGUGAAACAUAACUUGUGAUUGUUGAAGCAGAAAAUGUGAAAACACACCAAACAAAUAAUACAAUAAUUUAAGCAAUAAAUUUUCCCGAAAGAAUGUGUGGAAUCCAAGGAUACUCCUGUUGAAAAAAGUGCCUUUCUUUGUCUAAAACAAAAGUUGGUUGGUCGGAAGGAGUUAUUUUUUUAACUUCUUAGUUUUUUUAGCUAGUCUGUUUAAAUAGAGUUGAAGUGAAAGAAAGAAGAAAACAAGGUGUUAGCAUAACAACGAAGAAAAAAAGAUUAAAAACAGAAAAAGAAACAAAUAUUAACGAAUAUUGACGGCGCUGCAGCUCUGGCUAUUGCCGUUUGCCGUUGAUGGCCGUGUGAAGUUCAAGGAAUUAUUUUUCAAAAUCCCAUUGCACAAGACGAUGUCGGCGGUGGCGGCGGCGACGUACGACAACGGUGGUGUGUAAAAAUCAAUAAUCAUUCAAGCACCACCUAGCCCUUCUCUUCAACUACCUUACUGUUCGCUGCCUCAGGCGGUUGUUGUGUGUGUGUCUGUCACUUUGCAAGGUGGUGGUGGUGGUGGCGUACGACCAACCAUAUGAUGGGUUUGUCAGGAAAUGUGAGUUGAUGAACAAAAAACACAAAGCCAACAACAGGAAAACAUAAAGAAAGGAAAGCAAAAACAAAACAACAGCAACAAAAACAAAAACAGAAAACAUUGAUAAACAAUAGAGUGUAAUAUACUAUAAUCGGUUAAAUUGCGGGUUUUGCUGGGGCUGCAACAGCGGCGCAGCUGAUUCCACUGGCCUGCAACAUUGUGGGGCUGGCUGCUGGUGUUCGCUGCAGACAAGUGUUCGGUUGCAUAUACGCGUUUUGAGCUUCUGCAGCGGCUGGUGGUAAUGGUAACUGCCAGCCAUAUGUGACCAGUCAAGUGGCAUUAUGACACAUGUUCUUGGCAUUGCCGUAGUUCGCCAUGUGCAGGGCUAAGUUGAGUGCCACAACAACAACGCAACCCAAAAGAGGGGUUCAAUAGUUACGUUGAACCUAACAUGUGGACCAGUAAAACAGUAUUUGCCAAGUAAUAAAGGCAAAUAAACACACACACACGCACGCUCUCGUCAAUGUAACAGUUGACCGUGUUACUACCACAUUUCUUUCUCAGCCACUCUCUUUCUCUCUCUCCCACCACCACCUGUGCGUAUACUUAAUUUUGAGAGGAUUUUGUGGUUAAUUGCUAUUAAUUUGUUCCCGACAACAACAACACCAACAAAGUGGGUAAACAAAUGACAAAAUGUUCCCCUCAUCACCACCCCCGACAGCUGAGUCAACGGCAGCAGCAACGGGAGAAACCUCUCGCAUCAAAAGCUUUAUGGGCCGUACACCAGCCAUCGGCAUUUUGAAAUCGAAAUUCCUCACCGUGCUGGGAAACAGUAACGAAUUAUUGAACGGCAUUUCAUCAAAGUUGACUUUGAAUAUAAGUUCCAGUGAUUCAGAUUACUGUGACGAUGACGAGGAAGAAGUGCCCAAAUACGACGAAUCCAUUGAUUAUACGAAAAUCGAUUAUGAAUCCAGACGUGUUAAAGCCCGGAGAGCCCAUGAAGAGAUCAUAUCAGGACGUUAUAGACAACCAAAUUUAGCACCAAGACCUCGCUUAGAUGCCUUACGUAGCCGUAAACCCGAUAAAUCCCGAUCAUCUUCAUCCUCCUCCUCAUCAUCGUCAUCGACAUCAACAUCAUCCAGGUCAUUUAACAAUGCCCAGGCUCAAGAUCGUUCACAUGUGAGUAGUACCACCCGAUCGGAUUCCAUUGAGUCGCGACACUCGGGUGGCUAUGAAAGGAAACGAGCCAUAGCUGGCGCCCGACGAAGUGAACUGGAUGUACAAAGAGAUCUUAUGAGACUUAAUGAAAUGGCAAAGGCAAGCAAUGCGGCUGCUGUAUCAGCAGCCAAUGUUGGCGGUGGUGGUGGGGGUGUUGGUGGAGAGGUUGCACUGCCACCCACGGCUGCACCUCAUAUUGAGGUCCAACCGCCACACGAUCGAGAUCCUAGCAAAUCUUCCAUGGCCAAUAUGGCAGGAACUGUUUCGAGCCAUUCCAUACGCGUGCCUCCGGUUAGACGUAAAAAUUCCAACAGCAGUACUUUAACUAGUUUACGGGAUGAUUUGGAUUAUCAGGUUAGCCCAAGUGGUGAGUCCACGGAUUGGCGCCAUUUUAUACGUUCCGAAUCGCAGAAUUCUGUGCCUUCGUGGGCCUCUUCGAUAAGCUUGGACUGUCGCACCGGUGAGGAGCCCAUCAAAGAGUUUAUGAAGCGUUUUACCGACACCAUAUUCACGAAUGCCAAUGCCAUCGAUCUGGAACUGAAAUCGGAGUUUGGUGCCAUGGCCCGCCUUGAAAUCGGCCGACAAUGGUUUGUGCGUUUCCUGCUGCAGCAGAAGAACAAAUCGAAACGUGUCGAAGAGCCGACAUUCCACUCGUUGAUCCAACACUUUGCCAUAGUGUUGUUUGAAUGUGGUGAAUGUUCCGAUUUCGGACCGGCCAUGAUAAUGAUGAAUUUGAGUUUUCUAUUUUACCGAGAGAUUGAGGUGCCCGGUUGUGAUCCAUAUCGAGAGUAUCUGUGUACGUUUAUAAGGGAACAACCCAUUUGGAUGUCUUUGAAAUUUUGGAAUGCUGCCUUUGUGGAGUGCAUGGAAACGGAAAGAAACAAUCGCCUUAAAUCGCGGCAAAAGAAGCAGGAGAGACGCAAGGCCAGGGAGAAGGACAAAGAGAAGGCUAAGGAGGAAAUGGGUAAACUCAAGUCCCAGAAUGUAGAAAGUAAAGAAAAUGAGGAGAAUGUUAUGGCCAAGCAGCAGGAUGUCUCAGAGUCUAGUUCUUCGCAUGGCAAAGGAAAUCAUGGGAAAAAGGAAAAAUCUGCAAAACCGGCAAAUGAUCCUGCAUUGGAUUUCGACAAAGAAAUGGAAAAUAUUGCGUUUCGACAAUUGGCGACCUUUACCAGCAAUAUCCAUGCCCUGGGCGCCCCACAGGAGUUGUGUUUGGAAUUUUUCAAAAAACAACACACGGCCGUGGCCCUCAGCAAAGAAAAAUCAAAACUUAUACGUGAUAAUGUACAUCGUAUCUACUAUGAAACCGAGCUAUGGGGUUCAAAGCAAUCCUGAAAUAUUUAUUUGAUCUCUAGGAUAUCAACACUGUUUCCUUUGGUAGUGGCAACUGGUAAAAACGACAUUUCAAAUCAACGAUAAAUCUAUUGUUAUACUUAUUUGUUAUAUUUUUGUAAGAGUAGUUAAUAUGUAAUUUAAUUACAGACAGUGCCACGAGGGGGAGAUUUGGGAAAGGCCAUAAGCUUUAAAUUGAAUGGGGAAAUUGGGGUCUAGAAAUUAUUGUUUAAUUUUAAAUUAGAUUAUUGGGUAUUAAUUAUUGGUACUUACAUCAUAUUCUUGUUGGAGACCUAUUCCGAGAUGUAUUUUGAAACCAAUCCGGAAGGUCUAACAUAAAAUAAAUGUUUAUAAUAGUAUGUUUGAAAAUUGUCUUCAAUUAACUUUAGUUUUUAUACCCUACACCACAAGGUAAUUGUGCAUUUGUUUGUAACAGGCAAAAGGAAACAAUAUAAACCCAUAGUUCCUUUUGAUGAUCUGCAUAGAAUCACAUUCUGAGUCGAUUUAUGCCUGUCCGUCCGCCCAUCUGUCCAAAUUAUUUGUUUGACCCAAGGACGAAUCCUAUUCAAUUUUGAGAUAAUCGGUUAAAAUUUAGAUAUAUACAGAGUGGGAUAAAAAAAACUGCAACAAAGUCAAACGCCAUAAUUUUUAUUUUUUUUUCUUAAAUUUUAUUGAAUGAAAGCAAAAAAUGUCGGAAAUAGGAUCAAAUUUUAGAAUAAGUUUAGAUUUGUUCGAAUUGGUCACCUUUGGCACGAAUUAUGAACUUUAAACGGCCAAUGAAACCGUCACACGCGGUAUUUUCGGUGAUCGGUGAUCGGUAUUUUUAGUGCCAACCUUGCUUUCCAAAAUACUCCAGACACAAUAGUCCAACGAAUUGGUAUCCGGAUAUUUUGGUGGCCAUUGUGCGCUGGAAAUGCAGCGAGGAACCUCAUUUUCUAACCAUUCUUGGAUGGCGCGUGCUGAGUCCUUUUGGAAUGUCCAAGGUCUGCGGCCAAAAUGUUUGCGUGUCCAAGGCUUUAAUACACCCUCCAGAAUAUUUUCGCGGCAAUAUUCGGCAAUUAUUCUGAUGCCGCGGUGGAUUAAUACGAGCGGAGAGCGACCAUCGGCCGUUAUGGCGGCCCACACCAUUACCAUGGCCGGCGCUUAAGUUCUGGUGGCCAACCGAAGGUGUUCUCUUUGGCAAGUAAACACGAUCAUUUUAUUUGGUUGCAAACUGCUGGACAACCAAUGUUUUCUCAUCGGAGAAAACCAAAUUCGGCAGUUCACCACUUUCGGCCCAGCGAAGCAACUCUUUAGCUCUUUUGAGUCUAUUUCCUUUCUGUUGGGGGUGGAAUUUGGCAUUUACGACCAAAUUGAGUCUAGCAACAAGUAUGUCAAAGUUUGAGAAAAUCGGUUCAGAUAUAGCUAUAGCUCAGACAUAUAUUGUUCAUCCGAUUUGUUGAAUUUGUCCUGCACAGCCUUAAUAUGCACUCGGUAGUAACGAUAUUAGGGGAAAUAUACCAAAUACAGCUCAGAAAUACCUUUGCUAAAUUUUUGUCGAGAUCGGUUCAGAUUUGGAUAUAGCUCCCAUAUACAUCUUUAUCCGAUUUCAAGUUAUUUUGCACCAAAUGGGUAAUACAAGGCCGGAUGGAAAAGGCACAAAUGCCUUGGCAAAUUUAGUAGAAAUCGAUUCAGAGGAGGAUGUUCCUCUCAUAUAUUAGUUCCUUUCCCUUAUAAAUAAUUUAUAUCUAUAAUCAUAGUUGGUAUGAUUUAAUUCUCACAAAUUCCCCAUAAAAAUUGUUAUCUGUUAUGUGAAGCUCUACUAAAUAUGCAAAGUGGUGUAGGGUACCAUAAAGUCGGCCCCGCUCGUCUUUAGAACUUUCUUUGUUAGUUUUGUCUUAAAUUUGUUUACCCAUCACACUCUAGUCUCUUAAAAAGUCUGAAAAAUAUUAACCCUGGAAAUCGGCUGCAGGUAUAAUUUCAAUGCGAAGUCGUUAAAUUCAGGGUAUUUCCACCCGAAACCCUUGAGUAUUUGUUUGGUGGCACAGUGUUUCUUUAACAAAUAAAAUCGAAAAUCAAAAGUUGCAACAAAAUUUUCGUAGUUAAAAAAUCUGGUUAACAAUAAAUGAAACUCAUAGAAUAGUUAAUAAUAAAAGAAAAUAUGAAAUAAACCAAAUUUUAAAUGUAUGUUUUUUAAACUUGUGAUAAAUUACUUUGUGAUUUCAUUGAAACUAAAACCAAAAAAACAACAAUACCACAAUACAAAAGGAUAUUACAAUUAGAAUUACAAAACAAAUUUAAUAAUGAAAAAAAUGUUAGCUAAUUUUAUAUAAAUAAAAAAUUAUUAUAUUAUUAUUAAAGACAAAGGAAAGAAGAGAGAACCACUUAUGAAAAAUAGUUUUAAUUCAAUUUAAAAAAAGAAAAAUUAAAUAAUAAAAACAAAACAAAUGAAACAAAUAUCUAUGCUCUAUUACCCUAAGAAUCUUCAGUAUCUUUAGUAAUAGAAAAAAAUGGAAAAAUAAUUAAUAUUUAAAUCUACAUUAAACUAAACACAUCUUUACAAAAUAUACUUACAGCCAUACAUUGAAAAGACAUUUAUAAUGUCUCAUUUCAUUUCUUUUAUCUAACUCAAUAAAUAAUGCCUCAUUAACAAUCCGUCAACUUAAGAACAAAAAAAAAAAAAAAAAAAAAAAAAAAAAAAACUGUUUAAAAAUGCAAUACAACAAAUCUACUAUCAUUAUUUUAUAACAAAAAAAGUAAAUUUUAAAACUAAAACCAAAGAAGGAAACAUUCAAACCAAGAGUUAACAACAAAAUUCUGUCUAUCAAACAAAGCAGUAACAAAAGAGCAAAAAUACCGAAGAAAAUAGUUUACCACUUCUCUACUGGUAUGCAUUAUUUUUGGAAAAUUAUAUUUAUUAAAGAUUUUCAUUGUAAAACAGGACAGGAAAGAUGAGGAAAAACAAAGAACAUAACAGAGAACAAGUAAAUGACAUGUGGGGAAAUUUUGCCAUAAGCUCCUUACUUGACAUUAAGAUUUUGUUAAAAUACUAUUUUAAUGUAUUUUUAACAUUCUUGAUCUGAUACGAAUCGUUUAAAAGUUUUGAGUCGAAAAUUUAAUAUACAUUUUUUAUUAGUUUUCCCACAAAAAGUAGAAAUUUGGAUAAUAUCGGUCCACUCCAUCAAAUACCUCCCCCACAAAGGGUCAACAUUUUGGAUGAUUAUGACUCUUAUAAAAUGUAAUGUAAAAAUCCGAUUAUUUCAAAUUACACAUAGCACAAUAUUUUCAUUAACCCAAAGUCUGGUGUGAAGAUGGACGAUAUCGGUCUACUCCUUCUGGUACCUCCCCCGCAAAGGGUCAAAGUUUUGAAUAUUCAUAACGCUCAAAAAAAAAAAAAAAAAAAAACGAAAAUAACAUCCGAUUCCAUUCACACUUGGCACAUCCCAAUUUUUCCAUCAACACCAGAUUUGUUAUAAAGAUGGUAGAGAUCGCACCAUUUUUUCUGAUACCUCCCCCAUAAGGGGUCAAGGUUUUGAAUAACCAAAACGAUAAUAAAAUCUGAAAUAAGCAUCCGAGCCUCUUCAUAUUUCACACAUCCCAUUAUUUCUACUAGCAAAAAAUCUGCUGUGAAGAUGGAAUACAUCGGUCCACUCCUUCUGGUACCUCACCCACAGAGGGUCAAAAUUUGGAAUAUUCAUGAAGCGAAAUCAGCAUCCGAUUAAGAUUCAGACUUGGUAUAUCUUAAUAUUUAAAUCUAUUAAGAUAUACCAAAUGGUAGAGAUCGGAUUAUUUCUUCUGGUACCUCCCCUAAACAGAGUUCAAGAUAUUGAAAAACCAAACGCCAAAGAAAGCGUUAUGGCUUAGGGUAUAAAGAGAAAUACAAAUGUGCACAUGUGGGUUUAAUUUGUACCGCAGAUGAAUAUUGAAGAAUCGAAGGACUACUAAUUAAUGAAUUCUUUUAUCUUUUUUAAUAAAUAGAUAAAACUUGGAUUUUUUUAUAUAAUUCACGUGGGUCAAAACCUUGACAAGAACAAUCAUCUAAAAUAUUUUUUUCUAAGACACUUUUUUCAAAAAUGUCUGAAAUAUUUUAAUUAACCUAAAAACCGGAACUCCUGACCCCAAGGAACUGUCUUACUUGUUUUCUGAAUGUUCUGGAAUUGUUCAAUAGGAGUAUGUGAAUGUCAGCAAUGUAAAUGAUAAAAUAAAGAUAAGUACUGAAUAAAGAAUAACGGCAAAUAAAUGAAAUAAAAAAGAAGAAGAAAAUGUUUUAGGAGGAAACCAAAUAUCUUCAAAUGUCAUAGUAAAAUAUAUCCUUUAAAAAUAAUUCUUAAAAAAAUCAUUUCCAUUCCCCAAGGUGAAUAAGAAUUCAAUUUUUUUUCUCGAAAACAUUAUCUUCUACCCUCCAUUCUAAUAAAGAAAAAAAUAUAUAUAUAUAUUUAUUAAUAACCCAAAAAUCCAAAGGUUUCUUUUCCCAAAUGAAAAGUAUUAAUUAAUUUCUUAAGUAUUCCUGAAAAAUAUUAAGGAUUUAAAUGAACACCCCUCUUAUUAAAAAACAAAACAAAUACAAGCAACUAAUGUGCACUGUUUAUUUUUUAAAUUCUCAUCCUAAUAACAAAAUAAAAAUUUUGAAUAAAAACACAACACUAUUUACCAAUAAAAAUAUAAAGAAAAAUAAUAAAAACAAAAUACAUUACCUAUGACCUAAUGAAUAAUAAAACCAAAAAUACCCCUUAAGACCAGUGAAUAAAAGCAAAAUGUUUUAUUUAACAUUAUAUGUUAAUAAUGUUAAUUUCUUUAGAGGAUAUUUUGAUUUUUAUUAAAAGGUUUUGUAUAGAAACUUGUUUUCCUGUUUUUCCAGGACUGAGUUGAGAGGUUCAUAUCUAGUGAAUUUUUUGAUAAGUACAUAAUUUUAAUAGCAGAAUGAAUAGUUUCAUUAUUUUAAAAACAAUUGUUUUCCCAAAAGUCAUAUAUAACAUAAUUUUUGUUUUUUACUCACAUGCGUGAUGUAAUAAUUUUGUCUGGACAUUCUUUUAAUUGAUUGUUUAAGUCUGAAGUGUUCCCCCAUUGGAUUCACUUCAUAUUACCCUUUAUUAUAGAGAGUAAUGUUUUUCAAUACGAAGCUGACAGAUUUGAAAUAUUUGCUGAUCGCUAAAAAUUUCAUGAUUUCAUCUCGACAAAGGGAAUGAUCACUAGACUUUUUCAGUUCAAUGAAUCAUGAAAUUGGUAGCGAUCAUAGUUUCCGGGCAUAUUAUCAUCCACCUUCUUUUUAUACCCUCCACCAUAGUACGGAGGGUAUAUUAAGUUUGUCAUUUAGUUUGUAAGACCACUAAAUAUACAUUUUAGACCUCACAAAGUAUAUAUAUUCUUUA